CCAACCUCGACGGGCCAUUGCUAUCAGUAGAGGGCUUCGAGAUUUCAUCGGCGCCAUUGAACCUCGACCAGUGCAAAUGGCGACAUUAUACCGGCUCGCCGGUCACGGCGUGAGGCGCAUGCAGCUUGCAAAACCCUCAGUACGUGCCUUUUCCCACACAGCAUUUCGCCGAGCAUCCCAGGUACCUCCCGUCGAUCGCACUACCCUCAUGCCGGUCGACAGCGACUUCGCCCACCCAGCAGACCCCUAUGGCAUGCAACGACUCCAGAACCAAAAUGGCACGACCCAGAACUCAAGAGAAGGAAGCAUCGAGAAUCGCAAGGUCCGCCACUACACGGUCAACUUCGGUCCCCAGCACCCUGCAGCCCACGGCGUGUUGCGACUGAUUCUCGAGCUGAGUGGAGAGGAAAUCGUCCGAGCAGACCCCCACGUCGGAUUGCUUCAUCGCGGAACCGAGAAGUUGAUCGAGUACAAGACCUACCUGCAGGCUCUGCCCUACUUUGACCGAUUGGACUACGUUUCGAUGAUGACCAACGAGCAGUGCUUUUCGCUGGCCGUGGAGAAGCUGUUGAAUGUUGAGAUUCCCGACAGAGCCAAGUAUAUCCGGACCAUGUUUGCAGAGAUCACACGAAUCCUGAACCACCUCAUGUCCGUUCUGUCACACGCCAUGGAUGUUGGCGCCUUGACACCUUUCCUCUGGGGUUUCGAGGAGCGUGAGAAGCUUAUGGAAUUCUACGAACGCGUUUCUGGCGCACGUCUUCACACCGCAUAUGUCCGGCCCGGAGGAGUCCAUCAAGAUAUUCCCGUCGGCCUUCUCGAUGAUAUCUACCAAUGGGCCACGCAAUUUGGUGACCGGAUAGACGAAACGGAGGAAAUGCUCACAGAUAACCGAAUCUGGAUCGAACGAUUGCGAGGCAUCGGAGUCGUGUCUGCUGCCGAAGCUCUCAACUUGUCCUUCUCUGGUGUCAUGCUCCGAGGAUCAGGCAUUCCGUGGGAUAUUCGCAAGAGCCAGCCGUAUGAUGCAUACGACAAAGUCGAGUUCGAUGUUCCUGUUGGCAUAAACGGAGACUGCUACGACCGGUACUUGUGUCGCAUGGAGGAAUUCCGCCAAUCACUCAGAAUCAUCCACCAAUGCCUCAACGACAUGCCGGCAGGUCCAGUCAGAGUUGAGGACUACAAGGUCUCGCCCCCUCCCCGCGCCGCCAUGAAGGAGAACAUGGAAGCCUUGAUCCACCACUUCCUACUCUACACCAAGGGGUACACGGUGCCUCCUGGCGAGACGUACUCGGCGAUCGAGGCUCCAAAGGGUGAGAUGGGAGUUUACGUCGUCAGUGACGGUAGCGAGAGACCUUACCGAUGCCACAUCCGAGCUCCGGGAUUCGCUCACUUGGCCGGCUUCGACCAGGUCUCAAGAGGCCAUCUGUUGGCCGAUGCGGUCGCUGUGAUCGGAACGAUGGAUCUGGUGUUUGGUGAGGUCGAUAGAUGAGUUGGGUAGAAAAAUCAUGGUUAGAACAAAGAAGCUUGCCGAUGCCAAUGCGUGGUUGCCUUUCAUAUGUAUCAUAGCAGCAGGGAAGACCUCCACCUAGGAAGGCUGGGCAUCCUGCAUAGUGGCAUUCCGUGGUGCCAAAGUAUAUAAAUAAGUUUAUUAGUGUUGGGGGUCUCUGUGUCGCCAAGUUAGCGCCAACAAUAAGUGCUUCGUAAAGAUGACUCUGGGUAUCUUCUUGCCGG